CCAGCGUGUAGGGUGCGAAACGGAGAAGGGGAGAAAUCUCACGUCUGGCCCCCGAUCGGGUUGCGCAAAGGGGCUCUUUCUGGCAGCCUCUCCCUCUGCCUGUCUGCUUACUCUGCCAAUUCGCGCGCUUCGCGUGGCGCACGGAUCGCUCGCUAGCAAGGCAGCUGGAAGGAAGCGAUCGCCCGACGCCUCCAGCCCGACGCCCUUCGUCGUGGCAUCUGGGCCGCUUCUCGCCCCCGCCCUCCGCUGCUGACUUCUUGUCGUUUUCUCUUUUUCCCCUUCAGCGGAGCUGAUCUGGCCCGAAGAUCCCCGACGGCGAUAGCGCGCUCUGGCGGAGUGACUGCGGACGCCGCCGUCUUGUUCUCCGCGGAGAAGGGAGACACGCCUCCCUCAGUUAAAAAGCGAGGGACUCCGGGUUUCGCUGCGCGUUAGAGCCAGAGGGUGCUGGAACUCCCACGUGGCUUUUGGAGCGAAGGAAAUAAAAGGCGGCUGUUUCUGGGAAGCCCCUCUUCGCCUUGGAUCGGUCGCGAGGGACUUCUUCGCAGGUUGGAAACACAAAGUCCCUUUGCAGGAUCGAUGUCGGCGAAGCCACCGGGAUCAAGCCUGGGUUUCUCCGUGUGAAUGUUCUUGACCUCAUCGAGGCCUCCUUUCUUUCUCUGCGUCGUCUGACUCGCCGAUUUCUGUAUCUAUCUAGGAUCGCCUUUGCGCUUGGCUUCCCGGCAUUGUCUCUGGGAAAGAGCCAUACGUACUAAGUUUUCUGGCGUUUUGGAAGAACAGCCUCUGAAGCCGCACCGCCCCCGCCCCCCGGUUGCCGUAGAAACUGGGUUGCCGCGGAAUCAGCCUUGCGCUCCUCUUCCCUUCCGCGAAAUGGGUGCAAGUGUAAAGGGGAAAGAACGCUCCUGGAGCUCGACCCCUUUAUCGCCCGCUCUUCACUCCAUAUUGUAGGCUGGAGUCUGAAAAAAGAGAAACCUGGUAGAGUAGUGCAUGUGCUUGUUUGUUUGCAGAGACAGACAACCUGCUGUGGAAAGAGACUGUUGACUGUAAAAAGGAACUUAGGUCAAAAUUACUGGUCUCCUUCUCUUUAGGGUCCCAAAGGCUCCAUUGGAGGAGAUCAGCUCUGGACUGGCAGGUUAGAAGGCCCCAGGAUGGCCUCUGUGUGUAACAUUACCAGUGAGGAAUGGUCAGAACACGCCCUUCCGAGGGGGGCAAGGUACCACCCCCGCCACAUAGUGCGCAGAGUCGCAUCCCAGACUGUGACCAGGGUGAACCCGCCCAUGGGGAUCGCCUUUACCACCUUCCUCUACUGUGCAGAGAUUACUUCUGCCUGCAUUGUGAGCUAUGCCUACAGCCGCUCCAAUGAUGUCUUCUGGCUCUCCCUGACUCUCCUCUUGAUGCUGAUACCUGCCGUCAUGGACCAGCUUACCCUCAUCUUUGUGAACCGGGACCUGACUAGUGACCAGCCCUUUAUCCUUUUCAUGCAUCUUGUGUUGCUGGGUCCUCUCAUCAGGACAUCAGACACAGGUGUAGUGGAGGGGCCAGAGACUGAGAUGCAAGUUGGACUGAUGGGUAAAUUGGCUGGCAAUGCAGGAGCAGGUAAAAGGUGCUUAGAGGCCGCAGUGAUGUUCUACAGGCUGGGGAGGGAGGAAGAGCCGUAUGUCACCAUCACUCGCAAGAAGCAGAUCCACAAGGACUCUGAGAUUGAGCUGGAGCAGGAAGUGGGUCACCUGGUGCGCAGGCUGGUCACCCACCGCAACGCUUUCAAGCGCAUGGCUGUCAUCCAGGCCUUCCUGGGCUCUACCCCUCAGCUCACGUUGCAGCUCUAUGUCAGCAUUGUGGAGCAGUCUGUCCCCAUCAGCAGAGCAAUCCUGAUGUGCAUCUGCUUGGUGUCGGUCACCUACGGAGCUUUGGUCUGCAACGUCCUGGCCAUCCAGAUCAAGUAUGACGACUACAAGAUCCACCUGCACCCGCUGGCCUUCAUCUGCAUCAUCCUGUGGCGUAGCCUGGAGAUCUCCACCCGCAUCACCAUCUUGGUCCUCUUUGGGAGCGUCUUCAAGCACUAUGCCAUGGCCAUAGGUGGUGUCAACUUCCUGCUCUUCUUCUUCUUGCCCUGGGUGCAGUUUUGGUGGAGUGGUGCCCAGCUGCCUGACAAUGUGGAGAAGAACUUCAGCCUGGUGGGCACCCUCUCGGUCCUGCUCUCCAUCACUUUGCUUUACGCUGGCAUCAAUAUUUUUUGCUGGUCAGCUGUGCAGCUCAGGCUGGCUGACCGGGAAUUGAUUGCCAAGUCACAAAACUGGGAAUGCUUGGUCCUCUACUAUGUGUUCCGAGGGUUGGAGAACAGUGUGCUGCUUGUCGUCUGGUACAAUUUCAUGACGGAGGUCUACGAGUACGUCUGUCCCCCCUUUCUGGUGCUGCAGCUGAUUGUAGCCUACUGCUUGUCUAUCUCCUUCAUGCUUUUCUUCAUGCAGUAUCUCCACCCCUGCCGCCGCCUCUUUAUGUACAACGUCUCUGACUUCUUGCAGUGCAUCUGCUGUAAGCGGGGCAAAGAACCCGAACCUCUGGACCUUGAGCCCCCUUGGGAGCCUGGCGUGAAGCAUAGCAUAGUCUGAUGGGACAUAAGUCGAAAUCAAAUUGUAAACCAUUCUGCUAAAGGGAGGGGCAUGCCCCAUACCUGGCCUCAGCACCUGUUUGCCCUGAGGAAUUGGGUAUAAUUUAUCAACAAGGGGGCAGUGCAGGGAGUCAUAGUGGCCGGACUGGGCCUUCCAGAGCAUCAUCUGAACUGACAGAUCAAAUUGGGAUGGACAAUAAGGGGGGCAAUUUCAAUUUCCUUAUCUGCCUGCAGAGCCUGGAGUAGUCUGCAUUGCACACCAAUGCAGCAGGGUCAGUUAUUACGUUCAGAAGGACUGUGUUGUCAUUUCUAGAUGAUAACUGUUGACUGAUGUUAUGUCUGAUGUUUGAAGAAGAAAAGCCUAGUUGAAGGAUACUCAGUUGGGUUGAACUCAUGAUUAGCUUAAGUAAGGGGAGAUCCUUUGGAAGGGUUUUAAUGGGUCUUGCUGCAGCAGCCAUCUGUUUACCCAACUGCAUCCACGUGGGCAGCAUGGUCUGUCUUAGGAUGGAUAUAAUUGUGGCCCCACAUUUUCAAGGAUAGUCCUGACAGUCGUGACAGCUGAGCCUCUAAGACUUGGUUGUCUUUCAGCACCCUUGGUGCUCAUCAGCUAUUUGUAGUUCUGUUGAGCUGAGAAUAGACAUUUUAAAGUGCUUUUUUUCAUUUUAAAGGAAUUUGGCCUCUUUUUAUCCUCUAGUUUCUUCUAUGUCAUUCAGAGCAGCACAACCACUUAAUUAGUCAGUGAGUGCUGGGUAAGGAGUAGAGUCCAGGGAAGAAGGCAGCGAUGUGCCUUCAAACCCAUUGGAGUGCUGCAACCAAAUGCAUAUUUGUACUUUUCACAGGGCGAGUCAAUCUAAGGGGCAGCCCUUUAGCAGGACACUUUUGUGUGGAAGGUGGCCACCUUGGUGUGGUGGAGUCUGGGGCUGAGAUCAGCCCCCACUGAUGCUGUGCCUUCUGAACUGGGUCAAGCGUUUUACCCCCAUGUGCAAAUUAUGCUGAAGAAAUUUUAAGCCACAGGUCUGGGCCGAGGGGGAGCUGUCCAAGUUUGUUACUACAUGAAUAGGAGUUGGGCUUGCUUGCUCAGUCUGGCCAAGGCUCACCCUCAACAGUCCCCAUUGUGCAAUACCCUGUGGGAAAGGAGGCUCCUAACAGAUGUGAGACAUGCAAGUGUGAGAGCCCUUUGGCACAUUCAGCUAACUGUAUCAGGGAAUCAGGCACACUGUUUUAAAGCAUCCAGUCCCUACAGUGUUUAUUUAGAAGGAGCUUCAGUUUUGUGUAGCUAAUAGAUAGGGUUGUGACUCUCUAGUUGUUGUUGGACUGCAACUGCUUUGGUCCAUGAUAAUUGGCCACACAGGCUGGGAAUGAUGGAAAUUGAAGUUUUAAUGAUGUCUGGUAGACCACAAGUUUCCCUAUCAAAGACAAUUCCAUAAAGACAAUUUAGGUUCCUUCAGAACUUCUGGAUUCUUGCUGUUUAGUAUCUUGACUGCAGCUGUUUUCCAGUCAGCUAUGUUUUGGUGACAUGAAACAUUUAUUUUCUUUUUUUUAAAAAAACUUAUUUUCUUGCUCAAGACCUGAUGGGCCUUCAGAUUACCUUGUUCAAAUAUAUGUUAUUUAAAUUCUCUUAAUGACCUGUGAAUUUUCUUUUCCACAAAUAAAGUACCUUAAUUUAUUAGUUAUAUGUGUUAAGGCACAGAUUUCCAACACAGUGCCCAUGGGCACUGGUGUGCUUGUCAAUGCUUUCUGUGGCACUUGUGAAAGGUCUCAGUAAAUAACCCCUCAAAAAAUUCACAACACACAAGAGACAGUUUACUCUUCCUGCUUGGUUCCUGCUUGCACUGACUCAGCCUUUCCUACCUUGAACACGACUCCUUCAUUGGAUGCAAGGAUUGAACACCCACCUUCCCUUCCAUUCUGAAUAGAGUAGAGGCACAAAAUGCGUAAACACUGCAGCGGGCAGUGGAUGUGCACUUUUAGAAGUGGCAGCCAUUUUGUGUUAUGCCAUUCCACCCCACCCCACUCCGUGUAGCUAUUUUGUGACUACUAAUCAAAAUUCCAAAUGUGUAUCCACUGGUCCCAAAAGGUUGCCAACCCUUAAGGAUUGCAGUAGAGAAUAGAAAAUUGGUUGCAGAUAGGAUCUGGACACCUCUAUCCAUCAUGAUUUUGAUCUGAAACCUCUCUCUUUCUCAUACAACACAUGGUACAAAGUAACAACAUAUCUCAAGGAAGCCAAUUCAGUAACUGUUGAAGAGUUCCACAGAAACAUAUCUCUACACCAGGCAUCCCCAAACUGCGGCCCUCCAGAUGUUUUGGCCUACAACUCCCAUGAUCCCUAGCUAACAGGACCAGUGGUCAUGGAUAAUGGGAACUGUAGUCCAAAACAUCUGGAGGGCCGAAGUUUGGGGGUGCCUGCUCCUACACCCAUGGGUAAAAUUUCACAAUCUCCUAUCUACUUCACCUACUCACACACAGAACUGGUAAACAUCGGGCUCGCAAGAAAAAUAGAGAUAACUAGGGAGUUUCAAAAGUCCCACUGUAUUCCAAACUCCCUAUGGAUUGUCAUCAGGAGGGGGAAGUGCCGAAAGAAGUGAAAGAGAAAAGAGCAAAAGCGUGGUUGCAGAGCUGGUCUGUUAACCCGGCUUCAAAAAAGACCCAUCAGACCAGCACUGUCAAGUGUCUUCCUGACCAACAUCAGACCUCUCGCCCAUAAAAUUGACGAAUUACAGUUGCUGAUGGCGGCAAGCAAGCUUCUUCGUGAGAGCUGUGUGGUAAUUAUUAAAGAAACUUGGCUACAUUCAGCAGUACCGGAUGUGGCAGUAGAGCUGAUAAAUCGAGUAAUUUAUCGCUCUGAUAGAAACAGUGAUUCUGGUAAAGUUAGGGGCGGACGAGUCUGUAUUUACAUACACAAUGGUUGGUGCGCUAACUGCAAAGUAGCUUACACGUAUUGCUCCCCAGAUAUAGAAUUGAUGGCAGUUACAUGUCUGCCAUUUUAUCUGCCUAGAGAAUUAACUGUCGUUAUUAUUAUAGCUGUUUAUAUUCCACCUGAUGCUAAUGUCAGUGCAGCACUUUCGAAGCUAUAUGAUGUCAUCUCUAGGCAGCAGCAAAUCCACCCAGAGGGUGCCCUUGUUGUGGCAGGGGACUUCAAUCAAGCCUGCCUGAAGACAGUACAGUGGUACCUCGGUUUAUGAACACAAUUGGUUCCGGAAGUCUGUUCAUAAACUGAAGCGUUCAUAAACUGAAGCGAACUUUCCCAUUGAAAGUAAUGGAAAGUGAAUUAAUCCGUUCCAGACAGUCUGCGGGUAAGUGUUCAUAAACUGAAGCAAACUUUCCCAUUGAAAGUAAUGGAAAGUGGAUUAAUCCGUUCCAGACGGGUCCGCAGAGUACUUAAACUGAAGCGUUCAUAAACUGAAACAUGGGUGUAAUUGGUUCCGGAAGUCUGUUCAUAAACUGAAGCGUUCAUAAACUGAAGCAAACUUUCCCAUAGAAAGUAAUGGAAAGUGAAUUAAUCUGUUCCAGAUGAGUCCGCGGCGUUCGUAAACCGAAAAUUCAUAAACCGAGGUGUUCAUAAACCGAGGUUUCACUGUACGGUAUUUCCUAGGUUUGAACAGUUAGUGAAAUUUCCCACUAGAGGGCAGAAUAUUCUAGAUAGCGUGUAUUCCAAUUUGAAAUAAGCAUACAAGGCAAUCCCCUUCCCCCACUUAGGCUCAUCCGACCAUUCUUCAGUUUUUCUAUGUCCAAAGUGCAUCCCUCUCAGGAGAAGGAUUCAGCCAGUUAUAAAAACAGUUACAUUUGGCCAGAGGGUGCUCUUAGUCAGCUCCAGGAUUGUUUUGAGAGCACUGAUUAGAGUGAGUGUGAACAUCAAGAUCUGCAUAGAUACACAGAGGUUACACUUUCCUAUAUUAAAGUGUGCGCUGAUAAUGUAACAUCAAAGAGAUGCAUUAGAGUACAGUCAUAAAGGUAAAGGUAAAGGGACCCCUGACCAUUAGGUCCAGUUGUGACCGACUCUGGGGUUGCGACGCUCAUCUCGCAUUAUUGGCCAAGGGAGCCGGCAUACAGCUUCCAGGUCAUGUGGCC